AUGUGCGUGCGCCCGCUGCGCACCGCGCGCACGGAGCGCGGCCGGCCGGCCAAAGCCGCCACGUCGCCCUGCGCGCUCCGCCCGCGCUCGAGCUCCAACGUGUCGACGGCCUCGAGCAGCUGGUCGGCCACGUCGGUCGCCGCGUCGGCGCCGCGCGACACCGUCUCGGGCCGCUGGCUCGACGACGCGGCCGCGCGCGUCUGCGGCAAGUGCGCGCGCGGCUUCUCGCUGGUCAACCGCCGCCACCACUGCCGCGUGUGCGGCGAGAUCUUUUGCCACGCGUGUUCGCGCACGCGGCUCGUGCUCGCGACCAGCGCCGACGAGAUCCCGCGCCGCCAGCGCGUGUGCGACGUGUGCGUCGGCCGCACGUCGAUGCGGCCCCCACGGUGCGAGUCGGACGACGCGGCGUUUGGGCCCGCGACGUGGCCAUCCGACGCGACGAGUGCGGACAGUGCGCUGCACAGUGCGCUGCAGUCGCAGCGGCGAGAGCCGCAGCUGCUUGGGACGGACGACACACUGCAGCGGGUCCGGACAGUGCCGACGACAGCGAGCAAGCGGACGUGCAGUACGAGCAGCAGCAGCAGUAGCAGUAGUUCGAGUGUCGCGGCGGGUGUGGCAUCGGCCGUGGCGUUUGGUGCCGCGCUGUGGUCGCUGAAGGACGUUGUGGCGUGGACGAACGUGGCGCUGUGGAUUCUGGUGGCUGCUGCGCUGAAGAACGUGCUGGACGUGGCGGUGCGGCUCCGUGGCGCGGCGCGGUUGGCCCGCAGCGCGGGAAUGAGUGGCGACGUGGACGAUGCCGAGCAGGUGUUUCGUGGCAUGGACGUGGACGCAGUGGACGCGCGCGGCGGUGGGGAGCCAAGUGACGAGCUCCUUGCGAGUGCGCGGCGCGCGCUGGAUACAGUCGUGGACUUGGCCACUAUCGACGUGACGCGCGACGCGGCGUGGACAGAAGAGAUCCCGACGGUCGACGAUGUAACGAUCUACUCGCGCGAUGGCAAACCGUCGCGCAUUUACAAGUGCGAGACGGAGCUCGCGCUCUCGCCGGACGAGCUGUUUGACGAGCUGUAUACGAACUUGGAGACGAGCAAUGUCUGGAAUGUGACGGCAGCCGAGAGCAACAUUGUGUGCCAACUGGACGAGACAACGGACCUCGUGCACUUGACGUCGGCGCCUGCGCUGGGCGGUAUGAUUACGAGUCGUGACUUUGUCAACACGCGCACGUGGCGGCGUCAAGAAGAUGGCGGCUAUGUGAUUGCCAAUAGCUAUGCUGGAAAGAACAUUUUGAAAUCGCAGAAGGGCAUUACGCGUGGCGAGAACGGACCGACGGGCUGGAUCAUUCUGCCGCACCCGACGUCUGCGUUUAAGAGCCGACUUAUUUGGAUCCUCAAUAUGGAUAUCAAGGGCUACUUUCCGUCCAGCGUCAUCCGCAAGGGCUCUAUUGGUGAGAUGUCUUGCUUUGUGCGCAAUUUGCGUCAGCAUAUCUUGCACAGAGCAGCUGCUACGGGCGAGCACGUUCGUGAACGUGUGUCGUCCACCGGGCAGUAA